CCACUUCCUGCUUAAAGUGCACGUUUCAACAAAGGGACAUAACACACAGUGUAGUUUAGUAAAGUUUUUCUACAGGACGUAUAAUGGCGGAUGCUACGGCACAAAAGGUAAAAUAUCGCAAUUUUGUGGCGUAAUCGAGCUCGUUAGCGCUGCUUAAGGAGGACCGAUCUAACUGCGACGAGUGUGCGUCGACGGAACAGCAAUCAUGAUGGUUCAGGAAUACAAAGACUCUCUUAAGUCUAAGGCAGAGCAACUCCUAAUAAAAGGAUUCCCAGAGAAGAUAGUCAAAUUAAAUGAAUUGCUGGAAACACCUGGAUUCUGUAAUCGGAAGCUGUCAGAUGUACAUCAGGACUUAAAUGUACCCAUUCCAGACCCCAUAAUUCUCAAUCAUUCCGAAGAUGGCCCUGCUUCGAAGAAAAUUAAAUUGGAAAAUAAUGUGGAGGAUACUAGUGGAACCAAAGUACUGGUACUUCCAAAUGGUCCAGUACCUUGCAACAAACCAUUGUGUGACUUGAUUCACAUAGUUAAACCCUAUAUUAGACAACUUUUAGAGGACUCUAAUUUACUAAAAAUGUGGAUUUCUUUCCUUAUCCCAAAAAUCGAGGAUGGAAAUAAUUUUGGUGUGUCAAUUCAAGAGGAUACAUUAGCUGAGAUUCAAUCGGUUGAGAGCGAAGCUGCCGCAUUCUUUGAUCAAAUUUCUAGGUACUUCAUUUCCAGAGGUAAGAUCGUUAGUAAAGUCGCCAAGUAUCCACACAUCAUUGACUACAGAAGGGCAGUUCAGGAACUGGAUGAGAAGGAGUACGUGAGCUUAUGGCUCGUUAUAUGUGAGGUCCGCAAUCGUUACUGUUCUCUACAUGAUCUCGUAAUGAAAAACUUGGAGAAGAUCAAACGGCCACGUUCCUCCAAUGCGCAGUCUUUGUACUAAGCGUAGUCGUACGAAUUUGCAUUCACGUACGCACGGAACGCCACACGAAUGUUCAGGCAUGAACGUUUCGUGACAGAAAUAGAAGAAAAAAAAUAAAGCUCCAUCUUUCUCUCACGAUAUGAUUCAAUUGCCUAGGCAUUAGUCCAUCAUCUGUUCGAACCGAAUAUGGCACUAUGAAAUAAAACCGAUAGCUACACAUUACACUCUUUGAAAUUAUAUUACCUAGAAUAUAUACUUAAAUUAUUGAUACGUUUAUAUUCACGUAACCGGCUUCUUUCGUUGCGCAUUAAUACAUCGAGAACGAUUCUUGAGGAAUCCUUCCAGGUUUUUAAUGGUAAAUAUCGCUAGGUUCCCUUCGGGAUCGUUGAAAUUUAUCUCGUGAGAUUCAUUUCACGCUUAGCGAUUUUAACAUCAACCUGAUAUACUUACAGAUGUUUUACUGUAUAUGAUAAGUUUCAUUACGAAGCGAUGUGAUGUAGCAUAAUGCGUACAUGUAUUUUCGCCGAUCACAUAAUUGGGGCACGUGUAAAAGAAGUAAUUGAUGGUCAUAGCUCGAAUUUAGUAUAGUUAAGUGGAUCAUUUGUAAUUUAUAUCUGUAAGAAGAUUGGGGCGUGAAUCAAGAUAUUAAAUAGUAUGAACUAAAUAUCCUUGUAAGCUAGCCUAGUACCCCUUUUUUCAUGUAAGUCUUACAUGCAUUGUGCUACGAAAAACUCUAAAUGUAAGUUAAACGUACAUGUGUGUGUUAACAUAUGUUUACUGAGAAUGUCAUAUGAAAUGCAACGUUAUCCGCGCGCGCGAUGCUUAAGAAAUUUAAACUUUUAAAAAAGGAAAGAAAAGAGUACAAUAAUGAACAACGCAUCCUUUUCUUUUAUACCAAACGUCUUUAUUAAAUAUGUGUUUACACUAACAUGCAUAUACACAUUCAAGGAUUCUUUACGUUCAUUACCAAUAUAAUUGUAUUAAGGAAUAAAGUCAAGAUAAGUGUAUAAUUGUCGAAAUAUGCAUAAAAUUGAAAAAUACAUAAAAAUGCAUUAACAUACUUGGAAUCAGCAAGUACGUAAA